UCAAUUGAUACACAUUACACCUCUCAUCACAGUUUAAUCAUUCUAAGAAUAUUUAUUUAAAUUGUAAUUAUGCAUACAAUGUUAAAUAAGGAUUGUCAUUUUUAUUAAUAAGAAAUAUGAGACUACAUCAAAACACACAGCUAUGACAAUUGGCUCAAAGACAUUCUCUUGACAAUCUAUCACUUGCACUAUAUACAUUUAAUCCAGUUUCGAAAACAUAGAUUUACUGUUUAAACUCUGAAGUCACUCUUUUGGCCAGAGUUGAGGUUUUUGUUUCUCUUAUUUGUUGCUUAUCUAUUGUGAAAAAAAUAUUGGGAAAACUUCCAAAAGAGUUGGAGAUCAUGAAAUGGAAAGACCAUCCUCUGGAACUGAGAAAGAUAUCUCAGUACUGCAGGAAAUGAUCACAUUCUUGUAGCCAUAGAUCCGUCCUAACGAGCAAACGCUUGAUCAAAGCAUUAAUGCUCCUGAAUCUGAUGAGUCGGUGGGCAUUUUUUGAUUGUGGGAAUGGAUGGUCCUGGAAACAAGCGAAGUUUGGAUUAAUUUACAGACCCAGUUGGUGAAACAUGGCAGUAUGUUGAGUUGUAGUGCAUGUACCAAAAACUUGAUCACUCUUCACCGGCACACAGGGCCCAGUUGGCACCCCAUUUCGAGUUUAACUUAUGGCUCUUGGCCAUCCAGUGGCUCUCUUUUGUGGAGCAUGCUGCAGAUCUUGAUGUUUAAUAGGUAGUUCAGUAGGAAAUUUUAGCUCAGUAAUGUCUUCUAGAUGGAAGUUGUAAGUGUGUAACAGAAAAAAAAUUCUAGAUUGAGUGAAAAACAUGCAAUGGAGGAGGAAAGAGUCUAAGUAGAAACUCGAAAUGAGCAAGAAAAGAGGAUAAGAUAUGGUGGUGUCUUAAGCUCCUAAAUCCAUGGAGAAGUAUGUAAUGUUUUGUUCUGAUUAUUAAGAUGAGCAAAAAGCGCCUUAAAUGGUUUAUUAUUGCUAAUAAAGGUUGAGAUGAAAAAACCUCAGCCAUGGAAUUAAAAAGAUUGGAGGAACUCACUUGGUCACAAAGACAUAAAAAACAAGGACACGAGAGAGAAACAAGAAAAAGAUGAACAAAAAUGUAAGUUUGUAAUUAAAAUCUCUUUAUUUCCCAUCUUGGAUCUCAUCCGACAACAAACUGAAGAUCUUCUGCCAAAUAACUCCAAACCCUUUUCUUAUCCAUUGCUCCGUUUGGUCUCUCUGAUGUCAGACCAAAUUGAGGCUUAUAUCAAAUCUUUAUGUUCUUUUACAGCUAAGUCUGUUCCCUAUAUGAUGGCACAGAGGGAGGGACCAAACACAUUUUAAACCCAGAUUCAAGGUAUACACCACCAGCAUACUCCCUAUACUCUGAACUUACAUAAAAACUAUUGCCUUCUUGUCCCUAGAUACACUUUUUACUUCAUUUAGCCCAUACCCUUUUGGCCUUCUUCUGAGAAUUCUACUUAUUAUGUGUCUGGUUUUAGUAGGUAUAUAGUUUCAAGUAUUGAGGUUGUGACUACGAAGUCAAAACAUAAACUUGGACCUUAGAUUGAGAGUGCUGUUGUUUCUUCUUUUCUUUAAGCUUUGAUGAACAUUUGGAUGAUGUAAUUCUGAAUUAGAUGUUAAAGAUGUCAAGUGAGUACUUGAAAAUGGUUAGACCUUGUUGGAAGUCAUCUUUUGAAGACGAAGAUAGAGGUAGAGUUGAUGGUCUGUUAUGGUAUAAGGAUUUGGGGCAACAUGUUUGUGGUGAAUUUUCAAUGGCUAUGAUGCAAGCCAAUAGUGUGUUGGAGGAUCAAGGCCAACUGGAAUCAGGGCCAUUGAGUUCUAUAAAUUAUGGUCCUCAUGGAACAUUUGUUGGAGUAUAUGAUGGACAUGGAGGACCUGAGACUGCAAGAUUUAUCAAUGAAAACCUUUUCCUCAAUCUUAAGAAGUUUACUUCUGAGCACUGUGAGGUUUCAGAAAAUGUGAUCCGAAAGGCUUUCUCAGCAACUGAAGAGGAGUUUCUCUCCCUAGUGAGGAAACAGUGGCUGAGUAAGCCUCAAAUGGCAUCAGUGGGAUCAUGUUGUUUGGUGGGGUUGAUAUGCAACGGAGUCUUAUACAUCGCGAAUGUCGGGGAUUCGCGAGCAGUAUUAGGGAGAGCUGAAAGGAGCACCAAGGAUGUUUCUGCUAUACAAGUAUCCAUGGAGCACAAUGCAAAUAUAGAUUCUGAGAGAGACGAGCUUCGGUCAUUGCACCCUGAUGACUCGCAAAUUGUCGUGUUGAAGCACAAAGUGUGGCGUGUGAAAGGCAUCAUACAGAUCUCAAGAUCCAUCGGUGAUGCGUAUCUAAAGAAGGCAGAGUUCAACAAAGAGCCUCUAGCAGAUAAGUUUAGACUGCCUGAAUCAUUCAACAAGCCAAUCCUCAGUCCAAAGCCAUCAAUUUUAGUACACAAACUCAGCCCAGAAGAUCAAUUUCUCAUAUUUGCUUCUGAUGGUCUAUGGGAGCAUCUUAGCAAUGAGGAGGCUGUCAACAUUGUCCAUAUCUAUCCAAGGAAUGGAAUUGCUAGGAAACUAAUUAAAGCUGCACUAAAAGUAGCAGCUAAGAAAAGAGAAAUGAGGUACUCAGACCUGAAAAAGAUCAAUGGAGGGGUGCGAAGACAUUUCCACGACGAUAUCACAGUGAUAGUUGUAUAUCUACAUCCCUGUUUGAUUGAUAAAAGCUUCAAAUGCAGCUCACCCUUUUCAAUAAGAGGAGGCCUUAAUCACUCAUUAUCUGCAGACUUCUAGAGUUGCAUCCACUUACUAGGAGAUUUGUCGCUUUAUCUCAGACUUUUGUGGGUUAGUUUACUUUUCCAUUAGGAGAUUAGCUGCAUUGGAACAACAGUUCUCUUCUUCCUGGGGAAGAAGCACGAGAUAUGUAAGGUGUAGAUAUAAGUUUCUUUUAUCUUCUUCUGCAUCAUGUGAAGCUGUAGCUCAAGGCAUUUUUAUGAUUGAUGCCAUGUUUAAGUUAUCUAAGACUUUGAAGUUUGAUGUAAUUUUUAAUUAAGAAUCAUUUCGCAGUCACAAUGCA